GCUCCGGGUGGGACGCCGCCCGUCCACCCACCCGCCCGGCACUAUCAAUCCCGCCAAGCCCAAACGCAUGGGAAUAAGCUUAACACACGCACUUCGCGGCACUGCAUCCCCCAGUCUCUGGGCAGCCUGUUUGAGCCUCCUUCGUGGGCAGCAGGCGAGAGAUUCCGAAACCAUGGCCCAAACACCCGAUCCUCUCAACGACUGCCGCUUCCAGCUUAACGCUGUGCCCCGACCGUGUCUUUGCAACCCCCCUCUCCUUCACCCUGGCUCGGCCGAUCCUGGAACAACACACCUACAUGGAGAAGCAGAGAUCUGAUCUAUCGGUGCCGGAACCAGCAGCGGCGUAGCAUUCAGGAGGAGGCUGUGCUCUUGGUGUGACCUGUCUCCCCCCGAUAAUGAGGUGAUUCUCUUGCCCAGCCUCGACAUCGUCGCGUCUUCAGCCGCCUGGACAUCGGGCUCAACCCAACUUCAGGCCCGUCCGACCGAUCUUCUGCUUCCAUGAA